UCAAGAAAAAAACGGAUGACACAUUGCAGGGCUGGAAAUGUUUUUUAUAAGUCCAAUUUAAAAUGCGAUUUUAUCAUCGAAAAUGGCAGUUUUUUUUUUAAAAUCUUAAAUCAAAUUUAAACGUCUUCUCAGAGCCCGAGUAAAUUUAUAAGUCCGAUUUAAAAUCUGUUUACAUCAUCGAAAAGGGCAAUCUUCUAUUCAGGAAAUGCCUUUUCACAGUUCUAAAUUAUGUCUACAUACCUGCCGAAAAUUGAAGCUUUCCAGAUUUACAUUAAAAGCAUUUUAUAGGGCCUUUAAUAUCUUCUAUUAUAAGUACGAUUUAAAAUCUGUUUUCAUCAUCGAAAAGGGCAAUAUUUUGUACAUUGAAUUAAAUUGAAUUGAAAGUCCCAAAUUAUAAUUACCUGUUUACCCAAAAUGUCUGCGAAAAUUGAAGGUUUUCAGAUUUGCAGAAAAAACAUGACACUAUACAGGGUCGUAUAUCUCUUUUAGUAUAAGUCCGAUUUAAAAUAUAUUUUUAUCAUCAAAAAGGACAAUCUUCUAUACACGAGAUGCCUUUUUGAAAGUUCUAAAUUAUGAUUACAUGUCUGCCCAAAAUGUCCGCGAAAAUUGAAACUUUUCAGACAAUCCUAAAUGAAUGUCUGCUAAAAAAACCCCGCGGUUUGAUUUUUCUCGAUUUUUCAAAAACAAGUGGUACUUUACAGGAUUGUAUCCUAUAUAAAAAUAGUCAAUUUUAAAAUAUAUUUAAAGUUGCCUUCAUACUCGAAAAAAGCCAACAUUUUUGCAUAAUGUUAAUAUUAAAUGAAUAUUGAGUUUUUAGUUUUUUCUAAUUAAAAGUCCUAGACGGCCCGUUAUCAUUAAUGUCAUUGAGUGAAAUUGUCACAAGAAAGCUCAUCUUUAUUAGCAACAAAAAAAAAGGCAGAACUGCAAUAGUCGCAAACAUUUUACGUGUUUCUUUCGAUAGAAACUAAUUUUAAACAGAACUAGAACGUUAAAUAAUUAAAUAUCAUGGAUUCAACUCAAGCUACGACAGUUACGACCUUAUUCAACACAGCAGAGACGGGGAAAAUCGCAACAGAACCUGAACCAGCUUUUACUAGAUACCGGGUGUUCUUUAACCACGUUGACUCCUUCAAUGUAAAAUAUAUUUCUGCGUUUCUAACAGAAAAAAUAUUUGGGGCAUCCAGAACGGCCGCAGGUGGCGGUGAAGAAAUGCUAGAAGAAGAGGAAGAAAAAUCUAGACCCGUUUACUUCGGUCCAGAUAUGGCGAAAAAUUAUGAAAUAAUAGGCACUUUGAGAUACCAAUUUCAUAGACCGACCGAAGACAUAUCGAAAGUUAUAAAAGAAACGGAUGAAGAUUUCUUCACACAAGUCUUUAAUUGCGGAUUUAUUGUCUACGACAUAACUGAAGACCCCAGUCAAAUACAAGAUGCUUUAGACAUGUUAACAGCAAUCGAAAAAGAAAUAGAAAGCGUCAAAGAUAUUGGUCCAAAAACUUUCGAAAGAUGGGACGAAACUCGAGUUUUUAUCCUAUUAUCGACAGUUAUGACAUGGGGAAAAAGUAAACCCGUUGAUCCUGAAGAUCCUACGGCCGCUUUUACAGAGGGGGAUUACAGAAGGAGAAAACCUCAUCCAAACUAUCAGGCACAUAUUGACUGCGAAAAAGAAGUCAUUUUGAAAGGGAAAAAGUACAAAGAUAAAUUGAAGACGUACGUGAUUGCGUCUGGCAUUCCCUACGGACACGAAGAAGAAACUUUGGACUUUCUUUUUAAAUUAGCUUGGCGUAACGAAAGUGAAAUGCCUGUCUUUGGUAACGGAAAGAAUUAUGUGCCUCUCAUACACGUAGAGGACUUGGCCAAAGUAAUCCACGCAGUUUGUGAAAACACUCCCUCCAAGCCCCAGUAUAUACUAGCAGUCGAACAGUCGGCUAGUACCUUAAAACAAAUCGUUGGGGCCCUAAGUAAAGUAAUGGGAACAGGAAGGAUAAAGGAAGUGCCCCAGGAAGAGGCAUUUUUAAUAAAAAACAUUACUCAAGCGAAAUUCGAUAAAACUACCGUCAAUUUAAAUAUGGAACCUGAAUAUAUAACUGAAGAAGCAGAAUUAGAAUGGAAAAACGAUAUGAAUUUAUUCGAAAACAUGAAGGCAAUUGUCAACGAAUUUCGCAUAGCUAGAAAUCUGGUACCAGUCAAGUUAUUCGUUCAUGGGCCUCCAGCCUCCGGGAAGACAUCGGUAUCUAAAGCGCUCUCCGGUUAUUAUGGAUCUCAUUACACUUCGGUCAAAUCAGCGAUAGAUGAAACAAUUGAAAAUUUGAGGAACAAAAUCGAUCGGGAAAAGGAAAAGCAAAGGCUCAAAGAGGAAGCUGCGACGGGAGAGAACGCCGAGGAGGAAGAAGUCGGAGAAGAAGGCGAAGAGGAGGAAGAAGUAAACAUUGACGAUCUUAUAGAAGAACUGAAAGGAAUCGAGAUUCCAUUGGAAGAGAGCGAAAAUGGCAAACUUCCUGACGAACAGGCCAUGACGAUAGUGAAGAAAAUAUUAUCACAAAAUUACACUCAAAAUCAAGGAUACGUCUUAGACGGAUAUCCUAAACUUACAGACCAAGCUAAACUUUUGUUCACUGGCGAUGAAGAAGGAGAAGGAGGUGCUGAUGAGGAAGAAGAGGAAGGAGAGGGCGGAGGGAGGGGAAAAAUAUUACCUGAUUACGUCAUCAAUCUGACAGCUCCUGAUGAAUUCCUUUGUGAAAGGAUCAUGCUUCUACCUGAAAAACGUGUACAGGGCACCCAUUAUACCGAAGAGCAUAUGCUCCGGAGGCUUGAUGAGUUCAGGGCUCGAAACACCGAGGACAAUACAAUAUUAAAUUUCUUCGACGAAAGAGAAAUACCGAUAAUAACAAUUGAUAUAACGAGCGAACAAUAUAGAGAAGCGGACGAUAUAGUGCGUACUGUUGUUAAAAAAGUUGGACCUCCACCAUCCUUUGCUCCAACACCGGAAGAAGAAUUUGAACUGAUCGGUUUGCAACAAGAAAAGGAGAGACUGGAACGACUGGAAAAAGAACUAGCAGAAGAACUCAUGAAAAAGGACGCUAUAGAAUGUUACCAAAAUAAAAUGGAGCAAUGGACAAGCAUUCUCGAGCAAUACCAACUGGAAGAAGAAAAAAUUUUGGCUGCAGAGUGCGAACCGUUAAGGCACUACCUAAUGAAAUACGUAUUUCCUACAUUGAGCAAAGGUUUAAUUGAAACGGCCAUUAUCAAACCCGAGGAUCCGAUAGAUUUCCUGGCAGAAUUCUUGUUCAAGGAAAAUCCAGAAGGACGCAUGUUCGAUCCGUCGUAUUCUAGAGAUGGACAACAAAAAUUGGAGACGUGCGUGUGUAUUAAAUGUUGCGAGGACGAGGACAGUGAAGAUACGCCAUGCUAACUUUACCAAUUUAUUUUUAUUCUUCAUUUGAUUAAGUUAACUAUAUUACAUUACAUUUCAAUUAAAUAUCUAUCACAAAAACACGUAGUUGUCUUUAUAGAUCAGACUGGCUAUAACCAUCAGCACGAAGCUGCUAUUUUUUUUUUGCUAUGAGGAAGAAUAUAAUACGUUGUUGGUUAUUUUUUAAUUAAUAUUAUCAACCUAAUAAUUACUGAGGGAUUCAAUUAUUAUUAUUAUUAUUAAUACAAGUAAUAUGCUGUUGCACAAUGGUCACAGAUAUUGAAGUUUUCUGCCGA